AUGCGGAGGCCGUUGUCGGAGCUCAUCACCGGGCCCCAGCUCGCCAUGUACCUGCACGGCUGCCGCAGGCUCGGCUACGUGCCCGCCGCCUGGCUGGCGGCCGGCCUGGGGCGCCUGCUGCUGCGGCUGAUGCCGGGGAUGCGCGCCGGGGACGUGUGUCAGGUCGUGUGCGCGCUCUCUGCGUGGCAGUCAGCGCCCGGCGGCGUCGGCAAGGGCCGAAUGCACAUGCUGCCUUGGUCGUCAGUCCUGCUCGCCGCGCAGCAGCAGCUGCUGCACCACCCGACGCCGGCCGCCGUUUCACCCGCCGCCGCUCCGCCGCCGCCGACGCCCGCGCCGCCACCCGGCUCGCCAGCCGCGGCCGCGGCGCCCGACGUGGUGGCGGCGGGGGCUGCGCCCCAGCCUGUCGCAAGCGGACAGCUGGCGGACGCGCCUGUGCUGCAGCUGCCCCCCGGUGAUCUAGCUGACCUGUUGCACGCCCUCCAGGCCCUCAACCUAUACAACGAGCAGCUGACGCUGCUGACGCUGCUGCGGCGGCGGUUCGGCGGCGGCGCCAGCCCGACCGCCAGCCUCACCAGCCUCAGCAGCGUGGGCAGCCUCGAUUUCGGGGACGGCGCGGCUGUGGCGGCGGCAGCGGCGGCGGGAGCGGCCGCGUUCGAGGCCGUCGACGAGCCGGGCAGCGUCGCCGCGCGCACGCUGUACGCGUACGCGCAGCUGGGCCAGCACCCCGGGCGCGCGCUCAUCGCUGCGGCGGCGGACGCACUGGGCAGGUGGUGCGACGAGCUCGGCGGGCUGGGCCCCGCCAGCGGCGAGGGCAGGAGCGGGGGCGCGGCGGGCGGCCGGACGGGCGCGGCGGAGCCCCGUGGGACCAGCAGCAGCAGCAGCAGCAGCGCCAGCAGCGGCGGUGCGGCUGCGGACUACGACCUCAGCCCGGACUGGGAUUUCUCGGAGGCUCCAGACAGCCCACCGCCGGCGCCCGAGGCGCCAGCGCCCACGCAGCAGCAGCGCCGCGGCUGGCAGCCGCCUGGCGGCCGGGGGCGGAGGCAGGGGCGCCUGCCGCUCAGGGAGCUGAGCACCGCGCUCUACUCCCUGGCGGUGAUCGGCGAGCUCCGCCACCCGGGCGCGCUCGCGCUCGCCGCGCGGCUCGCGGCGCUGCCGCCCGCGGCGCUGCUCGGCCACCCCCAAUUUGCGCAGCAGGCGCGCAUGCUCGCCGCGUGCCUGCUGUCUGCCCAGGCAGACCGGCUGGUGUCCAGCCCCUGGGCCGCGCUCGACGCGUCCGUCAAGGAGCGUCUCGCGGCGGAGUGGCGCCGCUCGGUGCUCGCGCGCGGCGCGGCGCGCCCGCACCGCAUGCAGGGCGAGCUUGCCGCCGCGCUGCGCGGCAUGGGGCUGCGGGUGCGCGCGGGCGAGGUCACGCGGGACGGCUGCUGCUGCAUAGACGUGCUCGCGCGCGCGCCGGGGUCGGCGCCGCUGGACCCAUCGGCAGGCGCCGCGGCCGGCGGCGGCGGGGAGUGGCUGGCUGUCGAGAUCCUGGGGCCCCACAACGCGGCGCGCAACACGCAGUCGCCGCUGGGCCCGGCGCGGCUCAAGUGGCGGCUGCUGGCGGCGCGCGGGUACAGGGUCGUGGUGGUGGACGGCUGGGAGUGGCUGCGGCUGGGGGGCCCCGAGACGACGGCGAAGCAGCUGUACCUUCAGAACCUGAGGAACCAACUGCUGCGCCAGGGCGCCGCGCAGCAGGACGGCGCGGCAGCCGAGGCGGCAGCGGCGGCAGCGGGGCGCCGGCGGGGCGGCGACGGCGACAGGGAGGGCGGGGAGCGGGCGGCAGUCGCGGCGGUGGCGGGCGGGCGGUCGCAGCAGUUGAACCGGCCGGCGCAGCCGCGGUGA